UGCAGGGAUCAGUGUUUUUAAAAAUUUUGUGAUCAAGGUUUUUGACUGAGAUUUGCCACGUCCCACAGCUGUGAAUAUUCAGCUCAUCACAAACGUUUAUGAGCGCGGAAUAAAGGUUCAAGUCAGUCAGUCAGUCAAGAAUCAAGAUCUGCAUGCAACUGCCGCUGGGAGUAUUUCCUUGUUGAGCGUGUCAUACAAGUUCCUUUCACACGUGGUUGUACGAUAUGCGUCUCAGGUUCCCUUCUUCCAUGGCCAACACUAUUCAACAGCAAAAGCACUUUCUGUCGUUUCCAUACUACGCUGUGGUCGGCGCUUCCACAGACCAGUCAAAGUUCGGCACGAAGGUUCUGCAAUGGUACAUCCAGCGGAACAAACCAGUAACCCCAGUCCACCCAUCGAAUGACGAGUUGGAGGGCAUAAAGACCAUACGGUCCCUGAUUGACCUUCCGAAGCCAACCGAGACGUCGGUGAGUAUAAUAACGUCCGCUAAGAUCACUAUCGAUCUGCUCAAGCAAAUCAAGGAACUUUCGAUUCCCGCUGUCUGGUGCCAGCCAGGAGCAACUGAUGUUGCUUGCGUGCAGUACAUCAAAGACAACGGGAUGUCUGACCGUGUACUUUUCGAAGGAGAGUGUAUACUAAGAGAUGGUGACGGGGUCUUGCAGGCAAUGUUGUAAGAUGGACUGAUCCGCUGAUAAUUCUGCAGAGUAUGGUGAUGAAUAAAUAUUGUUUUAUCCUCCC